UCAACGAUCGAGCCAGAUCCAAGCAUCAGAUUGUCAAUUAUUCAAAGAAUUGAAAUAUGGCUGACCCCUUCGACGCCUCGCUCGACAUCCUCCGCCGUCUGAAUCCCAAAAACACGGCGACAAACCUGUCGAGCAUCUGCUCGCUCGUGCCGGACCUGACCGAAGACCUUCUCUCGUCCGUCGACCAGCCGCUGCAGGUCAAGGUCUGCAAAGCAACCGGGAGGGAUUACCUGGCAUGCGACUAUAACCGCGACGGCGACAGUUUCCGGAGUCCGUGGAGUAACGAGUAUGAUCCGCCUUUGGCGGACGGAGCUGUGCCGAGCGAGCGGAUCCGGAAGAUGGAGGUUGUUGCGAAUGAUGCGUUUGAUAUUUAUCGGGAUCUGUACUACGAGGGUGGAUUAUCUAGUGUUUAUCUUUGGGAGUUGGACGACGGUCUCGCCGGCGUAGUCCUCUUGAAGAAAGCAUCCCCCACAUCCGGCUCCUCCUCGGGCGAAUGGGACUCCAUCCACGUCUUCGAGGUCGAAGAGCGCGGAAGCCGUGCUGCGCACUACAAGCUCACGAGCACCAUCAUCCUCAACGUCGACACCAGCAAGACUUCCCUCGGUGUCUUCAGUCUCGGUGGAAAUCUUACUCGUCAGGUGGAGCAAGACGCAGCUGUGGACGACGAAAUGAGCCAUGUCGCCAAUAUCGGAAAGAUGGUGGAAGACACAGAGUCAAAGAUGCGUAACCAGCUGCAGGAGGUUUAUUUCGGCAAGACCAGGGAUAUCGUGUCUGAUUUGCGAAGUAUCGGAACACUCUCCUCGAUCAGAGACGAGAAGCGACUACAGUCCGAAGUCGUCGGAAACCUUGAGUCGCGCUAGGUUAUAUCUAUUCCCGUUCCUCAAGAGUGUUGUGAAGUUAUAGUCGACUUUAUGGUGUGAGGGUGGUGUUUACAUGUUAAUAGAUGAGAAUAAGACAGAUCAUUGCUGUUAGUUUAACAUUGCAAAAGGACUUCUGUUUAGCAUUCAAAAUGAUUUCAUGCUGUAGAGAAUCGUAUACUCUGCAUUUCGACGAGCGCAAUGCGAGGCGGAGAGAUGCCCUUGCCAUCAACCAAGGGUCCCUAAAAUCAGAUGUAUUCAUACAAGAUCUUUCGUUUACGACUCAGUAACGCCUACGCCCUCGUAGCGGCGCACAUCUGGUAGCGACGCGCUUCUACAUAUAGCAUAAACAUAAUCCGACCAUUCCUCCUUCUCCACAACAUCCCACACCAGCCAACCAUGGCAUCCACUGAACAAGA